AUGAAUAGAAAUUUAAGAAGCAAUCGCGCCAAAAAAGAAUAGAUUUUAAAAAAAGACUAAGUUAUAUUGUGUAAAGUUGAAACAGAAUUCACCUUAUACAAACUACUUUAGGAUUGGAAUGAGAAUGAAGAAGAAUUUCAUGUAACCGAAUUGGUACCAUUUGAAAAGAAAAAGAAAAGUAAAUAAUAAUAUAAAUGUAAUGGAUACACAACAAUUCCUUCGCAGACAAAAUGGGUUGAUAUCGAAGGAAUAUCAGUCAUUCAUUCAGAUGAAACUAUUUAUGUAGUAGACAUGGAGAUAUAUAAAUAAAGUCAGAGAAGCUUAAUUAAGGAUUUGAAAUAGAAAGUCAAAUAAUCAUAGAAAAAAUUUGAUGAUGAUGAGGAGGAGUCUAAUGAUAAACCAAUUAAAAAAAAAGCCAGAAAAUCAGCCUAAUAAAAAACAUAAGUAGAAUCUCAAUUUAGUCAAUAUGAAGAAGAAUCAAGUGAACAAAGUUCAUCUGCAGAAGCUGAGCCUGUCCCAAAAAAAUAAAGAUAAUCUAGAAAAACCGAAGAAAAAGACAAGAAAAAGGGAAAAAAGAGGAAAAGAAAAAUGAAUGAAAAUCUUAAAAAUCUAAAGAGUUUUAGUACUCAAUUUGAAGGAACUGAAGAUCAUUUUAUUGAUUACGAUAGCACAAGAAUGAAUAACAAAGAAAUCAUAAGAGCAGCAAAUACAGGGAAUAAGGCUCUGAUGGAUUAAAUUUUAUUUGAAGCCAAAAGAAUAUCUAAUUAUUAUGAUAGAUGGGGACCAGAAUAUGAUAUUUCAAUAUUUGAUAUCCUAUUUAGAAGAUAAGAUAAACAAUUAUUGACUCAUUUUCUGUAAAAUGCAACGAAAAGAAAUAGAUUUUAUGCAGAUUUACCUUGCCAGUUAAAAGAAAUAGACACAGGUUAUAAUAAUAAACAAGCUUAUGGGGUAAAAUUGAGAAAGGUUGCUCUUGGUAGAGGAAAUAGAGAAGGAAACAAUGCAUUUGUUUAUGAUCUAAAUUAUCAUUUUGAUAGCAAUUAAGUAUGUAGAAGGUUAUUAGAGAUUGAAACAAAUUGUGAAAUGUAUGAAUAAUUAUUCAUUUAUCUAAAAUCAUCAAAAUAUGAUCACUAUUUAAUUGAGAAUGUUGCUUUUGCAGUUAGAUGUGGUAAUAUAAAGUCUGCUAAAUUCUUGAUCAAAUAUGCAUUAACAAACAACCUCGAUGGUUAUGGCUUUAAUUAUUUACAUCAUGAUGCAUUAGAUGAUAAUUUCAGCACUUAUAAAUUAGAUUAAAUAAAAAAGAUAUCCAUUACUAAGAAAACCUAGAAUGAUUUUCUCAUUACUCCUAUUCAUUGUGCAUGUAUAAAUCCAUCCGAACAGUUCCUAAAGUAUUUUAUGGAGUAGACAAUGGAAUACAAUAUCUAAGAUGAAAAUGGUAGUAAGCCAAUUCAUUAUGCUGCUGUCUCCUAAACCUCAAAUUGCUUAGAAUAUUUGCUAGCAAAUGGUGUUGAUGCAAGAGAAGGUAAUAAAUUUUUGGAUACUCCUUUGAUGCUAGCAGCUAAAUAUGGUCGUUCCCAUAACGUUAAAUUAUUAGUAGUAAAUACUAAUUUGAAAGCAAAAAAUAAGGAGGGCAAUUCUGCAAUUCAUUUUGCUAGUUAAAAUGGUCACGUUGAAUGUGUAAAAAUAUUAAUUGAAAACGGAUUGUUGAUUAAUUUUGCAGGAAGAAACAGAAUGACAGCUUUGCAUUAUGCUGCUGCCUAUAAUCAUUUAGAAUUGGUUGAAUAUUUGUUAGAUGAAGGGGCAAGAAUCAAUGCUAAGGAUAAAUUUGGAAGAACACCAUUAAUUAUGGCUGCUAGAAAUGGAAAUUUGGCCAUUUUGUCUAAAUUGCUAUAUUAUGGGGCAGACUUUAAAAUUAGUGAUUCCUCAAAAAAUAAUGCCAUUCAUCAUGCUGCAGCAUAUGGCUUUUUAGAUUGUAUUUAAACUUUGAUUGAGGCUGGAGCUGAUUAGAAUGAAUUCAACUCUUGGAAAUUGAAACCUUUGAAUGUAGCUUAAGCAAAAAAUCAUAUAGGUAUUGUUAAAGCAUUGUUGAAAUUAGAAAGUACAGAUGUAAAUUGUAUUGAUGAUGAUGGCUUAACUUUAGUCGCUGGGCUAAUCAAGUAGUUUGAUUAAUCAGUUGAGUAAUUUGAAUUCAUUAAGUAUAUUAUUGCAGAAAAAAAGGCUGAUAUCAACAUAUAAGAUAAAUUCGGUAAAACUUGUUUGUAACAUGCCUUAUCAUGCACCUUCUCAGAUUUAUUAAUUGAUCUCAUUCAAUUAUUGAUAGACCAUGGUGCAGACAUAAAUAGUUAAGAUAAGGAUGGCAGAUCUAGCUUGUUGCAUGCUAUUAAUGGUUAACAAUCAAAAAUAUAAGAUAAAUUAAUCAAAUUAUUAAUUGCAAAUGGAGCUAAUAUUAACUCAUAGGAAAAAGAAAAUGGAUUAACCCCAUUUUCAUUAUUGUUGUCUAAAAAGAAUUAUAAGCUCUGCCUUGAACUUCUUUAAGAGAAUUAGAUUGAUUUAAAUAUAGUAAAUAGAGAAGAUAAAACAUUAUUACACAUUAUGAUUGAAAAUCAGUACUUUUAUGACGACCUUGGAAUUUAACUAUUCUAAAUAAUUUUAGAUAAGAUAAAUCCAUCUCUACUUCACCAACCUGAUAUUCAAGGAUUUGUACCUCAUUUAAAGGUCAUUUAGAUUUUUGUAACAUCCAUUGCAUCAAAAAUUGAAUAAGAGUUUUAAUCUAAUAUUGUGAAAGCCAAGAAUGAAAUAUUUUAAGACAUUGAAAAUGAGUAUAAAUAUAAGUUUUAAAAAGAAUUAUUAUAAGAAGGUUAGCAAGCACAGAAAACAUUUGAAGAGAGAUUAUCUGAAUAAAUUACUUAAGAAUCUAUAAUGAUGCCUAAUAAAUAAGAGAAAGUAAUAGAAAAUUUAUUUAAGAAUUAAGUCAAUGUAUCAGGAGGUUUGUUUCAGAACUAAUAAACAGUUGGUUAAAUUCAAUAAGUUUAAUAAUAAGGAUUAAACAUUCCAAUGAAUACUAUGGUUCAAUAAAAUAAUUUAUUUGGUCGACCUUAAAAUCAAACAACAUUUGGAUAUGGAUAAUAGUAAUAACAAUCAAAUAGAUUUGCAUAACCAUAGUAAUAACAAUAAAAUAUAUUUGCAUAACCAUAACCUCAAACUACUUUUGGUUUUGGAAAUAGCAAUAAUUUAUUUUCUUCUAAUUAAGGGAGUUCAGUUUUUUAAAAUUAGAGUAGCAAUUUCGGAUUUUCGAAUAACAAUUUUGGAACUUCGAACUGCAAUUAUAAUAACAAUUAAGGAUACUCAAACUACAAUUAAACACCUUAGCAGUAAUUUUAGAAUGAAAUUCAGAAGAGACUAUAAAAUGCAGAUUGCAAGCUUUAUGCAUCAUAUUUUUAAUAUGAUGUAAUUUCAGUUUAAGUAGGAAUUUCAGUUAAGAAAUAAAAUUAAUUAGAAAUGAAAAGAAUUGAGGAUGGUUAUUUCUACUAAAAUUAAAUGUUUAAACAAUUAAAGCAUCUCAUUUAAAAAGGAGCCAAUAUAAAUUCGAAUGUAAUGACAUAGAGAAGUUACAACUAAACUGCAGUUUAAAAUAACACAAAUAUAUUCCAUUUGAUUUUCGAGUCAUUUCCAAGUAUCUCCUUUGUCAAGGAAUUGUUAUAAAUAUUCCCAAAUGAGAUGCUUACUCAAAGAGAUCAAUUUGGUACUCCUUUGCAUUAUUUCUUUAAAUGCUUUAACCAUAAUCUAGUAAUAUUACAUAGAAACGAUGAAACAUCAUUUUCAUUUUUAGAUUAUGUGAUAAAGUUAGGUUUAGAUUUUAAUGAUAGAAACUCUCAUGGAAACACUCCAACCUUGAUGAUAGCACUAAAGUAUAAUUACUCAUGGCAUGCUCUUUUAGUUAAACUUAUAAGUUUAGGUGGUUAAUUAAAUGAUGUUAAUAAUUAGAAUUAAGUGCCUCUAAAUUAAUUUGUAGAGAAAACAGACUUACAGACUGUAAAGGUUUUCUUGUCAGAAUUCAAAGUAGAUCCAAACUAUUAAGAUCAGAAAGGUAGGACAUCACUACAUUUUGCUAUAAAUUUCAGUAAUCCAAAUGCAAAUGCAAGUUUUUAGAUGGAAUAAUAAUUGAUCAAAUUCGGAGCUAAAUGUGAUAUAAAAGAUAUCUAUGGUAGAACUCCAUUAUUUUAUUCCUUCACUAAAUUUAAUGAACCUACUUCAACAAAUGAGAUAGAUCCAUUUGAAUCAGUCUCAUCUUUAUUAGCCUUCAAAGAAUGUGAUGUUAAUGUAUUGGAUCGAUAUUAAAGAUCUCCAUUGCAUUAUGCAGCCUUAAGAGGAAGUGCAAUUUCAGGUAGAUACAUGAUAAAGAUGGGAGCAGCUGUUGAUACUCCUGAUAUUUAUAAGAAUACACCAAUAGCCUAUUCUUUCUUUAAACAUGCUAAUUUCAGUACAAUGUUGAUUGACAAUAAGGUUGAUGUGAAUAAGGUUAUCAACAUUGUCAGUCUAAGUGAUUUGAGAUAACAAAAAGAGAAGAUGUACAGAGAAGAAAUAAAGACUGAUCCUGAAAUUGAUCAACUGAUGAUCAUUGAGGAUGAGAAUGAAAGAGUAAAAUAAGCGGCUUAAAAUUAAUAGUAGUAGCUAUAAGUCUAAAUAGAUGAUGAGUCUGACGAUGAUUAUUAAGAAGAUGAUGAAUAUUCAGAGGGAAACUCCUGCGAUGAUGGUUCAGAGAAGAAUGUAUUUUAUUCUCGUAAAAGAGAUAAAUAGAAAUUAUAAUAAUAAUAAUAAAAGAUACUUCCUCAAUUUGAGAGAAGCUAGUCUGAUAAAAUAACUUAAAGAGAGAGAUUGAUAUUAUAAAAAAUACAAUAAAAGAUUAGUUAAGAUUUGGAUCUCCCAUAACAUCUACAUAAUAAUUUGUAAACUGGAGAAUAUAGUUAUUUCUCUUAAGCAAUUAAAUUUGGAUGGCAAGGUGUCGCCUACUUAUUAAUUAGUGAUGGAUAUGAAUUUGUAAAUGCAAUUCAAGAUGCCAUUAAUGCAAAUUAAUUUUAAUUAGUUCUCACUCUCUUAAUGAAAGUGAAGAAUGAGAAGGAUUUAUCCAAAUUAAAUUCUAAUGGGUAAAACCUAUUUCAUUUAUUCGCAAUUUAUUCAGCUAAAGUUCCUGCAGACUUGUUAUCAGAAAUAGUAGAAUAAUUUGAAUAAAAGAAUAUCAGUCCUUAUGUUUAAGAUAACAAUCAAAAAUUACCUCUGCAUGAUGCAAUCUCAAAGAAUAAUGAUUUAUUAGUUGAAUAUUUCCUAUAUAAUAGAAAAUGUGAUCCUAAUCUGAUGGACAAUACAGAUAAUAAUGCUUUCACUUUACUUUUCCAAAGAAACUAAAAUUAUAAUUUUGAUAGGAUGAUGCAACUAGGGUUAAAGAUGGAUGUUAAAUUCAAAAUUUUAAAUACAAAUUCGUAUAUUAAACCCUUCAUGUAUUUAGUUGAUCACUUAAAGAUUUAUGACUCUUGGAAACUCUAAAAAUUUGUGGAUUACGGAAUUGACAUUAAUGAAUAGAAUCAUCAAGGCUAAACAGCAUUGAAUAUUGCUAUUAAAAAUAACAAUUUAGAAUUUGUGAAAUUUUUGAUUAGGCAGCCCUCAUUUAAUACUUAGCUUUAAAUGCGUGAUAAUGAGGGGAAAACUCCUAUUCAUCAUGUUGUCUUGCCAUUAGAUUUCGGAUCCUAUGAAAAUGUUGAAAUGUUGAAAAUUUUAAUGACAAUAUUUGAUUACAACCUUAAAGAUAAUAAUGGAUUGACUCCACUAGAUUACGCUUUAAUAUUUGAUGCUUAACUCAUGAAGGAUGAACUCUUAGCUAAUAAUGCUCAUCACACUAGAAGCUUGAGAUAACAAAGAAUGGCUACUUCUGUAAUAGCCACAGCACUAUGGCCAGAUCAUGAAGUAGAUUUUGAAGAAGAUGCUCUAUAGUUCUUAGAAAAAAAGAAUAUUUAAAUAGAAGCUGAAAUUGAUAAUAAGUAAAUUGUGGAUUAAUAGGCCAAAAUUGCUAAGGGCGAUUUGAGUGUUUAUGAUGAUCAAGAUUAUGGCCUAUGGUAAUGUUUGCUCUCUAAGGUUGAUAUUGUGAAUAGAAACUUUCAUAAAAAUGUAUUCUAUAAGAUGCAAAUCUUAUUUGAUAAAAAUAGAAAUAAUUAUAUUUUGUUCACAAAAUGGGGUCAAAUCGGGGAACAGGGUCAAUUUUAAAUGACUCCCUUUGAAAAUUUGGAAACCACAAUUAAGGAAUUCUGUAAAAUAUUUGCUGCCAAAACAGGUGGCAAUAAUUGGAAAUUGAUAAAAUCAGGAGAAGAAGAAUUCGAUAAAAAGCCAGAAAAGUAUCAGCUUAUUAAGUGUUAAAAUAACAAGAGCUACAAAUCUCUCUUAGAACCUUUUGAUUUAAGCGAGUAAUCGCCAUAUCCUAAAUGUAAGUUAGAUACUAGCAUUUACAAAGUUAUUGAGCAAUUCUCCUAGGUUAAAUUAUAUUAAUAAGAAUUACAAAGCCAUCAAUUUGAUACAGGAUUUGUACCAAUUGAAAAGUUAGACAAAAAUACAAUACUAAAAGCUAAGGAAAUAUUAUUAGAACUUAAAGAAAUAGUUUUAGAAGUCAAUCUCUAUAUGAAUUAAAUAGAUGUCGAUCUAAAGAGAUUGUAAUAAUAUUAUUCAGAAAUCAAUGACAAGUCUGCUAGAUAUUAUGAAUUAAUUCCAAAAGUUUAAAUGAGAUAAAAUCUCUUACCAUUAUUGGAAACUUAAGAAAUAAUCAAUGAACAAUUACAACUUUUAGAAUUACUACUAAACGUUGAACAAGCUAUUAAGAUAUUACUUGGAGCAAAUUAUAAUUUAAAUUCUAUUCAUCCUAUAACUUAUUGUUUUAAUGCAUUGAAUAUUAAAAUGCUUACUUUGAAUACGUCGGAUCUAGAAUAUAAGAUGAUAUAAACAUACAUCUAAAGAACUUAAAGUGUUACAAUUGCAAAUAUCUUUGCUAUCGAAAGAAAAGGAGAGGCGUAGAAAUUUGACAAAUUUAAUCAAGGACCUAGAAUUCUUUUAUGGCAUGGUUCAAAGAUUUCCAAUUUCAUGAGUUUACUAGCCUUAGGAUUAAAAAUUGCACCUUCCUGGGCAGUAAAUACAGGAGCGAUGUUUGGAAAAGGUAUCUAUUUUGCAGAUCAAUUUUCAAAGAGCUAUAAUUAUACUUAAGAUUAUUCAAUCAAUCAUAGAUAUAAUUAGUUUUAUGGGAACCAAAAUAAUACUAAUCAGUACCAAAAAUAUCGAUAUUUAUUAUUAUGUGAAGUAAGUUGCAUGAAUUAAAUUGAUGCAUACAAUGAGCCCCAUAAAAAUUGUCUUGAAUAUUAAAAACCUGAAUAUACUUUGAAAGCUGUUGGCUCCAAAGGCCCUGAUCCAAUGUCUUAAAUAAAAAUGCCUAAUGGAUGUGUAGUUCCCAUCGGGUAAAUUGUUUCUAAUUCAAUCCCUCAUUAAAUAUAAGAGAGGACUAAGAAUAUAAGUUUUUACACUCAAAAUUCAGAAUAUAUUGUCUAUGAUGAAAGCAGAGUAAAGAUGAGAUAUUUGGUGCAAAUUUACUAAUGAUUGAUUAUUCUAUUAGAUUUAUUUUAAAUCAAGAUAUAA